AUGAAGAAAAUAGUAAAAUAUUUUAAGGAUCUAUAGGCAUAGUCAGAGUUUGAGAUUGUAUUUUGUUAUUCAAUAAUAGGUAUUGAGAAGAAUAUCAGAGAGUUCAAAAUUACAACUAGUAAAUGAAUUAAAGUACUAAGUUUUAUAGGAAGGUUUUAAUGGAUAAAUAGAAGAAUUGCAUAUUUAAUAGUCAUUUAAGAUUUUAUAUAAACAUUUUAAAUCUUGCAGAAAUGAUUUUGCAUCACUCAAAAUAUUAAUUAUAAUUCAUCGACUUCUAUUAUCAUCGAGAAAUUUUAGUGAUCAUGCUGAUUUAGAUUAGAUUUUAUAAUACUAUCGACAACCAAUUAAAUAACUUCCUAUUUCACAAUAAUUAUAUUAGAAUUUAAUUUUUUAAUAUAGAGACUAUCUCAAAUGGAUUGCAGAGAGAAAUGAAUAUUUUUUACUAUGCACAUCGAAAAUAAGUGAUUUUUAAUUAUUGGAUUUCAAAAAUUAAGUAGCAUCUUAAAUUGUAAUUGUUAAUUUACUGAAAAAACUUAAAUUAGUAUAUAUUUGUUUUCAUCUAUAGUUUAUACCAUAUAUUGAGAAUAUCUUAUUGAAAAAAUCAAAUAGUUUAAUAUAAAAUCUCAUCAAUUUAAUAUUAAUUGAUGCUAAGAAUAUGUAUGAAUUCAUAGCUUAAUUUGUUUAAUAUAAUUAAUGUUAAAAUUUUAAUUAAAUUUAGAUCGCAUACUGGAACCAUCUUAAGAUAAUACAAUAAGUAUCCUAAUGUACUAAUUAUAUGUUGAUCUCAUAUAAGUGAAUUAUUGGAUAGUCAAAUUAUUUUAAUUAGCAAAUUUAGCAGAUAUUAGUGAUAAGAUAGAUUUUCCUUAAAUUUUUUAAAUAAAUACUGCUCUAAAUAAAGAAUAUGAGCUAUAUAUGUAGUUAAUUAGGAAUAAUUAUGAAAUGGGUUCACCAGAUGCUUCACCUAAAUUUCAGGAUUUAAGUGAAUUGAAAGUAAAAUUAAAACAUAUUACCAAGAAAAAAGAAGAGUUUUAAAUAAUUCUUCUAAAACCAUAGCAAUUAAACACAGUAUUAGGAUAAUCGGAACGACCAUUAGAGUAUAUUGAAUCAAAUGUUGAGAGUUGA